CGAUCUCUCAUCUCGAAGAGGAUGACGACUCCGCCCCGCCUUCCUGCCGCACCGUCGACGAGAUCCUCAACGACUCCGACUCCUCCUCCGACGACUCCUCCCCUUCUCCUACUCAGCCACCAAUUCAGCAAAACCCUAGUCAGAAAGACGAAUCCCCUUCGCAGACUCUAGAAAAGGAUCACGAAGAACGGAGCUCUUCCACAUGGAGGCGAUCGAGAUCACAGGGGCUGCUCUCAUCUUCGUCUAAUGGAUCUCUCUCUUCUCUAGGGUUUCGAGCUAAUGCUUCUUCGUCUUCAGCUUUGCCGCCUCUUUUGUGAGGCCGAACCCCAAGCCGGGGCUGCACUGGCGGCGCGGCUGCUGCCUCCGCCGAUCCCCACGCCUCAUGCCGCGGCAAUCAAGAACAGGAGAGCGGGAAGCAUGGAAUCGAUUCAGAAAGUUGAGUCAACUGCGGAUUUACGAGAAACUGGGGAUCUUUCUGAUAUAGUUGCUACUAUUUCGGUGAAUUCUGAAGCAGAAGAGGGAAUUUCUGGUGCAAAUUCUCAAUCCACCCCUUCUUCUUCUUCUUCAGUGGAGGCUGAAGCAGCAGUGAUAUCUGAAGAAGUAGCCACCGAGGAAGCUUUUUUUGCCGAAGAGAUAGAGUCCUCUAAGUCAGUAGAAGCUAAAAAAGAAGAUAAGUUGGUUGAUUUGGAUUCGCUAGAUUCUACAUCUGCUACCAUUGAUGAGAAUUCUCAACAAAUAGAUGGUGCGUUGCCGCUUCAAGAUGAGGCUGUUUCUAGUGCUGACGAGGGUGAUGGAAUGGGCAAUCAAGAACUAGGGCGGGAAGAGGCAAUUGGUGAACAGGGUUAUGAUUCUGGUACGGAAUGUUGCGGUGGUGGAGAGCUUGGUGGACGGGUUGUAGAGGAGGGAGACAUGGGAGAUGAGAUAGAUAAACUUGUUGAAGAGAGGUUAGAAAAGUUAGAGAAUAGUAAGAAUGCAGAGAAGAAGCGACGGGCUUCUAUGAAACCAUUGGAAUGGGCUGAAGAACUUGAAAGGAGACAGGCCUCAUAUGGUUUGCAUUGGGAGGAGGGUGCGGCUGCUCAACCGAUGCGACUCGAGGGAAUCCGGAGAGGACCGCCUGCUGUUGGCUAUUUGCAGAUAGACCUUGACAAUGCAGUGACUCGUACCAUUUCAUCACAAACAUUCAAGCGUGACUGUGGCUCCCCUGAGGUUGUAGCAGUGCAUUUCAACUUCAUAGCCAUGGGGACGUCCAAAGGGGUUGUGCUCAUCUUCCCUAGCAAGUACUCUGCUCAAUCUGUGGAUCGUAUGGAUACAAAGAUGUUGACACUUGGCUCCCAUGGUGCAAAAUCUCAAACGGCAGUGACUUCCAUGUGCUUCAAUCAGCUCGGUGAUAUACUUUUGGUUGGAUAUGGUGAUGGUAGUCUGACUUUUUGGGAUGUUCAGCGAGCAACGACUGCAAAAGUAAUAACUGGGGAACAUAAUGGCCCGGUAGUUCAUACUUUGUUUUUCGGGCGAUUUAAAGCUAUUACUGGAGACUCAAAUGGGAUCGUUUUUUUACAUACUAUCUCGGUGUUACCAUUGCUCAAUCUAUUCUCCGUCCAGUCUCAGUUUGUUCUUGAUGGUAAAAAGAAUGCUGUUGUACUAUCCGCUAGUCCUCUUUUCAUUGGAGAUUUACAUGGGAGUGCUUCUACCACUGCCCAAGGAAACUCAACAAUUUCCAACAGUGCCCUUGGUAGCAUUGUGGGAGGUGGUGUUGGUGGGGAGGUGGGAUGGAAGUUGUUCAAUGAAGGUUCUUCUAUGGUUGAAGAAGGUCUGGUCAUAUUUGUCACCCAUCAAAAUGCUCUGGUGGUGAGGCUUAUUCCAAAGGUAGAAUUUUGUGAUAAAUUUUCUAAACCAGAUGGGGUGAGAGAAGGCUCCAUGCCUUACACAGCAUGGAAAUGCAUGAUGAGCUCGGAUGAUUCAUCUAUAGAUGCAUCUGAAAAGGCUUCAUGGCUUGUGAUUGCAUGGGAUCGCAGAGUUCAAGUAGCCCAGUUGGUAAAAUCAAAAAUUCAAAAGUUAAGUGAAUGGAGCCUUGACAGCACGGCAAUAGGGGUGGCAUGGUUAGAUCAUCAGAUGCUGGUGGUUCUGACACUUCGGGGACAACUCUGCUUAUUUACAAAAGAUGGGUCUGAACUUCACCGAACAAGUUUUGUUUUAGAUGGUUCUGGUUUGGACGAUAUCAUCUCAUAUCAUACCCACUUUAAUAAUUCUUUUGGCAAUCCUGAAAAGGCAUAUCAUAACUCCAUAGCUGUAAGAGGAGCAACAAUAUACAUAAUUGGGCCGAUGCAUCUUUUAAUUACUCGUCUUCUUCCUUGGAAGGAACGCAUUCAAGUUCUGCAGAGAGCUGGUGACUGGAUGGGUGCAUUGGAUAUGGCAAUGAGGCUCUAUGAUGGUCACGCACAGGGUGUUAUUGAUCUUCCAAGAAAUGUUGAUACUAUAAGGGAGGCCAUAAUGCCAUAUUUGGUAGAGCUGCUGUUAUCAUAUGUGGAUGAAGUGUUCUCCUAUAUUUCAGUAGCUUUCUCUAAUCAAAUUGCCAAAGUUGGGCAACUGGAAGGUCUAAAGGUCACAGACAAUUCUGUUCAGUCAGAGAUAGAGGAGCAAUAUGCCCGUGUUGGUGGUGUUGCAGUAGAGUUUUGUGUCCACAUAAAAAGGACAGAUAUAUUGUUUGAUGGCAUUUUCUCCAAGUUUGUUGCUGUUAAGCACGGAGGUACAUUCUUGGAAAUCUUGGAGCCAUAUAUAUUAAAGGACAUGCUUGGCUGUUUGCCACCAGAGGUCAUGCAAGCCCUCGUUGAGCAUUACAGUGCCAGAGGAUGGUUGCAGCGUGUUGAACAAUGUGUUCUGCACAUGGACAUCUCUUCCUUGGAUUUUAAUCAGGUGGUGAAGUUAUGCCGUGAGCAUGGUUUGUUUGGUGCCUUGAUAUAUCUUUUCAAUAGAGGUCUAGAUGAUUUUAAGGCACCUUUGGAGGAGCUUUUGGUGGUUAUACAGAAUACUCCACAUGCAGAAGUUGCUGCCAUCGGGUACAGGAUGCUUAUUUAUCUGAAGUAUUGUUUUCAAGGUCUUGGAUUUCCUCCAGGACAUGGUUCUCUUUCUCCUUCACGGUUGCCAUCAGUUAGAAAAGAAUUGCUUCAUUUUUUGCUUGAGCACUCUAAAUCUGUUUCUUCUAAAGUCCUGAAAAUGUUCGACUCCUUGAAUGGAAACUUUCCAAAUCUAUGUUACCUAUUGUUGUUAGAUACAGAAGCCACAUUACAUGUUCUGCGAUAUGCUUUCCCAGAAGAGCGCAAAGUCCCAGAUGUUGCCUCACAAAAUCUGACUGCUUCUAGUACGGAAUCAGGAAUUGAUUGUCAUUCGGAGUCUUUAGAAAAUAAGAAACUAAUGGCGCAAAGUACAGUAGACGUAUUUAUAUCUAUUCUUGAUUUGGAAUCUGAAAUGGUCAGGUCCUUUGCAAUUGAAGGUGACAAUACUGAAGUUUGGCCUUCAAAAAAAGAUGCAGCACACUUGUUUGGAUUCAUUGCAUUUCUUGUGAUAUGUAAUGGAGCCACUAUUUCUGGGAAGGUAUUGAAACAUAUUCUUGAGUACUUGACAUCAUGUGAUCCCAGUGAGAAAAUUGCUACUAUGGAAGAAGAGAAACAGGUUGUCUCUCUUUUGAAGGCUGUACCUCAGACAGAAUGGGAUUCUUCUUAUGUCUUGCAUCUCUGUUCAAAGGCUCAUUUUUAUCAGGCAUGUGGCUUGGUGCAUACCAUCAGUGGACAGUACAUUGCUGCACUAGAUAGUUAUAUGAAUGACGCACAUGAGCCAAUCCAUGCCUUUGCUUUUAUUAACAGCAUGUUGAUGCAGCUGAAAGAUAUGGAGAUUGUAUCUUUCAAGUCAGCUGUUAUAUCGAGAAUUCCUGAGUUGCUCAAGCUAAGCAGGGAGUGUACUUAUUUUUUGGUUAUCGACCAUUUUAGUAGCGAGAGUCAGGAUAUUCUGGAUAAACUUCAUUCUCACCCACAAAGCCUUUUCCUCUUCUUGAAGACCUCUUUUGAUGUCUACUUGUCUGGAACUCUAAAUUUUCCUGUUCAUGAUACAGCUCAUGCUUCAGAUACCCUAACUGGAAGAAUGCGAGAUAUGCCUAAUGAACUUAAAGCUUAUGUUGAAAGACUUUCAACUUUCCCUAAGCUUUUGCUUCAUAACAUGAUCCAAGUAACUGAUGAAAUUGCAGAACUCUAUCUAGAGCUUUUAUGCAAGUAUGAACAAAACUCGGUCCUUAAGUUCUUAGAGAAUUUUGAAAAUUAUAGAUUGGAGCACUGUUUACGUCUUUGCCAAGAAUAUGGGGUUACAGACGCAGCUGCAUUUUUGCUGGAAAGGGCUGGUGAUGUCGGAAGUGCUUUAGGACUUGUGAUGACUGGUCUUCAUGAUAAAAUUGAUAUGCUCAUUACUGCUGUUGAAGAAAAAUAUUCUGAAACAAACGCAGGCAUCUCUGGCAAGACAGAUCAGUUUACUAGCACUUUGAAAAUGACAGAGGUUCUCUGUGUACAUGAUGUGCUGAGUGUAUCUAUUGGCUUAUGCCAGAGGAAUAGUCAGCGAUUAAACAAGGAAGAGUCUGAGUCUCUAUGGUUUCGUUUGCUUGACUCGUUUUCUGAGCCACUUAGGAGGUUUUUCUGUGGCAUGGACUUUCCUGUUGAGAUGUUAUCUACAACUUCAGGUGUACAAUUGGGUGAAUUAGGCUCCUUACCUAGAUGGAGGAUUUCAGAGAACAGAAGAUGCAUAAAUAUCUUGCGACGUUUAUUUUCAAGCUUUGUUGGAGAAAUCAUUGAGGGAAUGGUCGGAUACGUACCUCUUCCAUCAAUCAUGUCAAAGCUCUUAUCUGAUAAUGGGAAUCAGGAGUUUGGUGAUUUCAAAUUAACUAUCUUGAAAAUGCUUGGAACUUACGGCUACGAAAAAAGAAUAUUGGACACAGCUAAAUCUUUAAUUGAGGACGACACAUUUUACACCAUGGGCUUGCUGAAGAAGGGAGCAACUCAUGCAUUUGUCCCCCAGGAGUCCCGUUGCUGCAUUUGUGGUGGUUCCCUUUCUAAGGGUUCUGCUACUGGAAUUCGAGUGUUCACCUGUGGUCAUUCAACACAUCUCCACUGUGAAUCUGAGGAGAACGAAGCAUCCAGCAGUAAUUAUUCUUCAGUUGGAUGCCCCAUUUGCCUCCCUAAAAAGAAUUCACGCGCCAGAAACAAAUCUGUUCAUAUCGAGGAUGGAUUGGUUACAACUUCUACUUCAAUCUCCCACCGAGUUAGAGGGAUGCCUAAUGGUCAACACGCUCAUGAGGCUGAGUUGGACAAGCCUUACGUGCUUCAACAAAUGUCUCGGUUCGAAAUAUUGAGAAAUCUCCAGAAUCCCCAGAAAUCUCUUCAUGUAGAUGCACUACCUCAACUGAGGCUUUCACCUCCAGCUAUUUAUCACGAAAAAAUCCAGAAAGGAGUCGGUCUAUCAGGAGGAGAAACAAGCAGUGGUGCAGCGAAAGACGACAAAUCAAAUAAACGCUGGCAACUUAAAGAUGUAAAAGCAAAGGGGUCUUUGAGUCGAUUUCCCUUGAAAUCUAGCAUUUUCGGUCCUGAAAAGAAUAGAGUUCGGUAGUUAAGUUGGGUUUUCUGGCGGAGAAUUUAGCUCACUCUGAUUAUUUCCGGCAGUAGAAAUUUCUGUAAAUUUAUGUAAUUGUCCAAGUGGAUCUCAUGUAAUUUAUAGAGGAAUUGUGCAUUACGAUAAAGGUAUCAUGUUUGGAUGAUGGCCUUAGCCUUUGUACAGAAAAUGCAUAUUUGAUUUAUGUAUAGAGAAGAGAACCCGGCAACAGCGUACCAAACAUAGAUUAACUGAAAUAAACUAAGCUAUAGCAACGUAGAGCAAUUAUCGAUGACAGUUUAUGAUCUAUAUAGUUUGCGGGUCACAUAGAGUUGUAAAUUUUUGAUUCAGGAGUGUUAUUUACCGAGGCAUUUCAAUUA